AUGUAUCGAUCAAAGAAGAAGAAAAAUUCCAAAGCAUCUAAUCGUGAUACACAUGAAAGUAGUCCACAGUCAAUAAUGAUGAAUAAUCAAAAUCUUAAUAAUAAAAUUGAAACGGAACCAGUUAAAUCAGAAUCAGCUAUUCGUAUAUUAAUUGGUAUUAUAGGUGUAUCAUUAUUAUCUGUACCCAUAUGUUAUAUAUUAUCUUAUAUGAAACAAAUGAAAAAUUCAUUGAAUGUAUUUCUUUAUGCUGCAGUAAUUUGUAUAUCUGUUGCACCAUUAACAUAUUUUCUAUUAAUAAAACAUUUAUUACAUGUGAAAAAAGAAAUGUAUUUUUAUGUAUUUACAAUAUUUUCAUUUACAGCUAUUGCUGAUCUUUUAUUAGCUUUAACAAUUGAUGAUUAUUCAUCGGCUUUUCAUUUUUAUUUAAAUCAAGGUGAAGUUUAUUUGAAAACUUCUCAUGGUUUAUAUAUUAAUUAUUGGGAUGGUACAACACAUUAUACAUUAUAUUUAAUAAUGUUAUAUUGUAUGUUAAAACAAAAAACUGAAACAAAAUUCUUUCGUUUUCUAUCAUUAUUUUGGUGUGGUUCUAUUAUUAAUUCAUUAAUUGUAUUGCUUGGUGGUGCUGCUCUUGGUCAAUAUGGAACACAUAUAAAACCAUCAUAUUUAUUAAACAUACCUUAUACAGUUUGUCCAAUCAUAUUCAUGGUACGACAAUUUAAUUUACGUUCUAAUUUUAUUCAACAAGAAAGAAAAAAAAUUAAAAAAUCCAACAUUCUUAAAUCAUUAAUUUUUCGUCCACUCGAUAUAUUUUUCAUUGUUUAUAUGUUAUUUGCUAUAAUAUUUGCAAUUUUUCGUGCGUUACACGCUUUGAAAGUUCCAAUGACGUCUAAAAGUAUUUAUUUUGACUAUGAACCUUAUAUAUUAAAUGCAUCAGGAUUUCCAUUGAUUCAACUUUUAACAUAUGCAUUUUAUUUCGUACCAUAUUAUUGUUCAGCUAUCAAUGCAUUAAUAUUCUAUCAUAAACAACCAUCAAAAUUUCAAUGGUUACCAGAUUGGACUAUGGUACAUGCUGGUGCUGCUGCUCAAGCACAAUUUUCUUAUUUAUUUUCUUCCUUACAUAACCCACCAUUAUUUCCUGACUCAUCAUGGGCACCAAUUCCAUCUCAAUAUUGGUUUACUAGUGUUAGUCUUAAUGCUAUUUUAGCAAUUGUACCACAACUAUUUGCUUUUCGUAUUUGUGUUGGAAAUAGAGAUAAGGAUUUUUAUUGA